UACAUGGUGCUUGGAGGCGAUAAUCCAGUUCACACCAGCUGGGGGUAAGGUCUGACCACUGGAGUCAAGAGGCAGAGUUGAGGCGGACGUUCUGGGCUGGAGGAGCGGCAGUGGUGCAGCGGACACCGUCAAGGCAGGAAGACCCUCUGAAGUCAUAGUGGCAAGCGCAGCACAAGAUGAGGCUGAGGUCAUGGCUGCUGGUGGCGGCCCUGGGGACUCUGGUGGCCUCCCUGCAGGCUCAAGAAGACUCGUCUGAUGUCCCUGAAGAGCUGCACGGCACCAGAGUGGCCCGUCAACUUGCCCGGCGUCGACAGAGCCGUCAGCGCUUUCAAGUAGGAAGAGGAGGACUCGUCGGGGCUGCUGCAGGAGGCGGCGGGUGCGUCUGUGUGCCUCUGGUCGUCUGCGGUUCUCACAUCGACCAGCUGCAACAGUCUUGCACUACGAGCGGCGGAGCUCCCGGGGUCUGCUGCCCGCCAUCUUCCUUGACUGCUCCUACACGCUCGGCUCAGGCGACCGCCAGGCUCUUCCCUGGCGUCAAUAACGUCGUGAGGUUAGACCCGCUCGACCCCACCAGGUUCCUGGCGUCGUUGGAUGCGGGAGUGAAAAGUUUCAAUGAUAUUAGAAGUGUCGAGUCGAAUCUAAUCCGAGACUUGGUGACGCUGCCUAUCUUCUCCCCCGCUGGUCAGCAUCUGCAAUUCUUUACCGUCGAGGAUGAAGGUAGAGAGAUGGACCGCAGGGCCACCAUUAUCGCCCUGGUAGCUAGGAGCAUAGCAAGGGACUUUCAGUUAACACCACAACAGGCAGCCUUUGGUCUGAGGAACUUGCUUGUGAGCGACACAAAGCUGAGAGACUUGUGCCCACAGAACCCCAGGUGCACCCCCAACAGCAAGUACCGUACUGCUGAUGGCUCGUGCAACAACCUGGCGAACCCAACCUGGGGCAUGAGCAACACUCCCACUCAGAGGAUCUUACCACCAACUUACGACGAUGGUAUUCAUGGUGCACGCUCGAGAUCAGUCGACGGCUCGCCUCUUCCAAAUGUUCGACAAAUUAGCAGCAACGUUUUUCUUGAUAUUAACCGGCCAGAUCAGUUUUAUACGACCAUCUUAAUGCAGUGGGGACAGUUUCUCGACCAUGAUUUUGCUCAUGUACCAUUUCCUACAAUGGAGAAUGGAACGGGUAUUCAGUGUUGUCCAAAUGGAACAAUGGCACCCAAUCUUCAUCCUCGGUGUCUACCCAUCGACACCACAGGCGACGCAUUCUAUGGCCCUCGAGGCAGCAGGUGUAUGAAUUUCGUCAGGAGUAUGUUGGCUGUCGGUCCCGGCCCCGGCUGUAACUUCGGCUUCUCAGAGCAGCUGAACCAAAUAACACAUUGGUUAGACGGGUCUGCAGUGUACGGGUCCACCCCCAACCAGCAGCGGGCCGUCAGGUCCUUCAGGAACGGUCUUCUUCGAACCUCAGGGAACAACCUCCUGCCCAUCAACCCCAACCAGAACACCUCAGGAAUCUGUCAAGGAAUGCAGCGAGGAGCCCUCUGUUACCUGGCAGGUGACUCACGAGUGAACCAACAUCCUCACCUCACAACUAUACAAAUUCUGUUCUUGAGGGAACACAACCGCGUGGCGAGGGAGCUCCAGGCCCUCAACCCCCAGUGGUCGGACGAGGCCGUCUUCCAGGAGACCCGCAGGAUCGUCGCUGCCAUCAUCCAGCACAUUACCUACAACGAGUUUCUUCCCAUUGUCUUGGGAAACAAUUACAUGAAUACCUACGGCCUCAGUCCGCGCCUCUAUGGCUACAGCAACAACUACAACCCCAACAUCAACCCCAACAUGAACAUUGAAUUUUCCACCGCUGCCUACCGGUUUGGUCACUCUGUGGCGCAGGGAACCUUGCGAUUGUUUACUGCUAAUGGCGGCGUGGACACCGUCCGGCUCCGUGACCACUUCAACUCUCCUCAUCUCAUCCAGAAUGAGGGCCGACUGGACGACAUUGUUCGCAGCUUCACUCAACUUGCCUCUCAGAAGUUUGACGCCUUCGUCGUCCAGGACCUCACAAACCAUCUGUUCCAGACCCCGAUGUUUAACUUCGGCUUGGACCUGCCCAGUCUGAACCUGCAGCGCGGGCGGGACCACGGCAUCGCCACCUACAACAGUAUGCGGGAGGUCUGCGGUCUACCUCGGGCCCGGACCUUCAAUGACCUCACAGACCAGAUCAGCCCUGAGAACGUACAGAAACUGGCAAGAAUCUACAGGAACGUUGAUGACAUAGACUUUUUUGCGGGAGGUCUCACAGAGACUCCGAUUCCCGGGAGUCUCCUGGGCUGGACCUUCCUGUGUGUGGUGGGAGACCAGUUCGCUCGUCUCAAGUUAGCUGACCGUUACUUCUACGACCUCGGAGGACAGCCAGGCUCCUUCACUGAACCUCAGUUGCAGCAGAUCCGUCUUAGCUCCUGGGCCAGGAUCAUGUGUGACAACGCCAACAUUGCCGCCGUCCAGCCACUCGCCUUCAUGCAGACCAACAGCAGAUUUAACCAACCCGCCCCGUGCAGCGGUCCCAUCAUCCCGCGUCCCAACUGGGCCCUGUGGGAGGGAGAGAGGCCUGCUGCCUAACUCAUCUGAUGGGUUCAUACUGCAGCUCAUCUGAUGGGUUCUCAAUCCAGCUCUAAUGGAUCAUCACUCCAGCUCCUUCUGAUGGGUUAUUCUCCAUCUCUGAUUAGUCAUUAAUCCAGUUCCUCUGAUAAAUCAUGACUCCAGCUCUGAUGGGUCCUUACUACAGCUCUGAUGGGUCCUUACUCCAGCUGUGGUGGGUCCUUACUCCAGCUCUGAUGGGUCCUUACUCCAGCUCUGAUGGGUCCUUACUACAGCUCUGUUGGGGUCCUAACUCGAGCUCUGAUGGGGUCCUAACUCGAGCUCUGAUGGGGUCCUAACUCGAGCUCUGAUGGGGGUCCUAACUCGAGCUCUGAUGGGGUCCUAACUCGAGCUCUGAUGGGGUCCUAACUCGAGCUCUGAUGGGGUCCUAACUCGAGCUCUGAUGGGGUCCUAACUCGAGCUCUGAUGGGGUCCUAACUCGAGCUCUGAUGGGGUCCUAACUCGAGCUCUGAUGGGGUCCUAACUCGAGCUCUGAUGGGGUCCUAACUCGAGCUCUGAUGGGGUCCUAACUCGAGCUCUGAUGGGGUCCUAACUCGAGCUCUGAUGGGGUCCUAACUCGAGCUCUGAUGGGGUCCUAACUCGAGCUCUGAUGGGGUCCUAACUCGAGCUCUGAUGGGGUCCUAACUCGAGCUCUGAUGGGGGUCACCACUCCAGCUCUGAUGGGGUCCUAACUCGAGCUCUGAUGGGGGUCACCACUCCAGCUCUGAUGGGGGUCACCACUCCAGCUCUGAUGGGGAGUCACCACUCCAGCUCUGAUGGGGAGUCACCACUCCAGCUCUGAUGGGGAGUCACCACUCCAGCUCUGAUGGGGGGGUCACCACUCCAGCUCUGAUGGGGGGUCACCACUCCAGCUCUGAUGGGGGGGUCACCACUCCAGCUCUGAUGGGGGGGUCACCACUCCAGCUCUGAUGGGGGGGUCACCACUCCAGCUCUGAUGGGGGGGUCACCACUCCAGCUCUGAUGGGGGGGUCACCACUCCAGCUCUGAUGGGGGGGUCACCACUCCAGCUCUGAUGGGGGGGGCACCACUCCAGCUCUGAUGGGGGGGUCACCACUCCAGCUCUGAUGGGGGGGUCACCACUCCAGCUCUGAUGGGGGGGUCACCACUCCAGCUCUGAUGGGGGGGUCACCACUCCAGCUCUGAUGGGGGGGUCACCACUCCAGCUCUGAUGGGGGGGUCACCACUCCAGCUCUGAUGGGGGGGUCACCACUCCAGCUCUGAUGGGGGGGUCACCACUCCCUUGAACAAGUUUCAUCAUUUCUCUUAUAGUUUCUGUUGACGGUGUUUAUGUUGACGCCCACAGUAACUCAUCAGUGUUGACCACAGUAACUCAUCACUGUUGACAACCACAGUGACUCAUCAGUGUUUAUGUUGACGUCCACAGUAACUCAUCACUGUUGACGCCCACAGUAACUCAUCGCUGUUGACGAUCACAGUAACUCAUCAGUGUUUAUGUUGACGCCCACAGUAACUCAUCAGUGUUACCACAGUAACUCAUCACUGUUGACCACAGUAACUCAUCACUGUUGACAACCACUGUGACUCAUCAGUGUUUAUGUUGACGCCAAUAGUAACUCAUCAGUGUUGACGCCCACAGUAACUCAUCACUGUUGACGAUCACAGUAACUCAUCAGUGUUGACCACACUAACUCAUCACUGUUGACCACAGUAACUCAUCACUAUUGACAACCACAGUGACUCAUCAGUGUUUAUGUUGACGUCCACAGUAACUCAUCACUGUUGACGCCCACAGUAACUCAUCACAGUUGA